CAUUUAUUGACGUAAUAAAUAAAUUACUGUUUCUUUUCUGAUUAAAUUCCUAUCAGAUAACAAAUUUGGAUGUAUACUUAUAAAAAUGCCACUCUUAGAGCUUAAGGUUAUAAUAUUUUCUUUGCUAAUUAUACAAUUUUGUGUCAACUCAAUUUCAAAUUCUUGUCGAGAUGUAAGAACUAUGGAAACAAAAAAUAUAUUUGGUCACAUUCCUAAAAGACUUAAAAGUGAUAAUAAUAUAUCUAACAAUGCUGAUUCAAUGGACAGCAUAAACAAAUAUAAUAUUCCUACGGUAGCUGCUCUUAAAGAAAAUAGUAAAAAAAAAUGGCAAGUCGGAAGAGUUAGCAGAAAACAGUAUGAAAUUAUUAAUAUGCUGUGGAGAAGAACAAAAAUAUUUAUUGACAUGGAUUCUACUACUACUCUGAACAAGGUCACUAAAAAUAUGUUUACUAACAAAAAUACCUUUAAAAUAAGUAGAAGAAAUCCUCUUACUUUUUCUUUUAUGCGGCCUAAAUCAUCGACUGAGAGUUACAUUGAAUUUUAUUACUUAGAAGAUAACAAUGAAAGUUUAAAAUAUUGGGAUAUCCGAUUAAAAGAUAAACAUUUAAAUGCUAGUAAAUAUCAAAGUAAAACAUCUAGUAAACAUCCGGAUAUUAAUAAACAGCCACUCUCGCGUUAUCCCUUAGUUGCAAUCAAUUUCAACAAUCCUAAUUAUAAAUCAACAUAUGCUGCUCUUCCAUUUAAAAUUACAUUAAAGCAAGAGAAGCCACGCAUUGAUUAUUUACCAUUUCUACACAUAAAACGUCUUAAAAAAAUACCUACAUUGAACGACGUUAAUCGAAAUGUAUAUACAAAUGUUAAGCAGCAUUUAAAAAAAAAAGAAGUGUCAGAUGAUUUUGUUAUGUGUCCCUAUACAACAGAAACGCCUUCAACAAAUAAAAAUAUUCCAUUUUCACAAGUAAGUAAAAAUACUACAGUUCUACCUAAAACACUUUCUACAGUAUACGAUAAAAUAAAGUUUUUUGAAAUAUAUGACGGAAACACUCGUAGUAGAAAUUUAACUUAUAACUAUGACGAAAUAAAUGAAAUAGAUAAUGUAGCAAAAGAUUAUAUACUGAAUAACAAUAACAAAGUAUUACUUGAACAUGUUGAUCAUGGCAUUGGUCAUCACAGUGAUUCUCAUGUAAAUAGAUAUGUUAAAAAACAUAUUACUGAAAAUACAUUUAAAAACUUGAUGGAAACUCCAAUGCAUACUAGUAGCAGUGCUCAGACCAAACCUACUAGGCUUACUAAAACAAUGGAAAAGCGAAAAGUUGAGUCAUUAAAAUGGUCUAAAGUUCAACAAAAUAAUGAGCAUAAAUUAUGUAAUAAAAGCCAGAUUGCAAAAUGUCAUGCAAAUGUAUUCUUCAACUUUAGUAAACGUGCUUUAUGGUCAGAACAUCCCUUUGCAGCUGUUUAUAUUUAUGAGCCAUCAAAAAUACAUUGUGAUGCAGCUGCAAUAAGCCCACAUUGGUUAGUAGCAGCUGCAUCGUGUUUGUCUCGUCAUCAUACUAUGGAACCUACAACUGCAAGUCGCUCGGCUUUUGUUACAUAUUGUGGGGACAACUGGAGACAGCCUGUACGUAUAGCUUAUGUCAAGUACACUGUGGUACAUCCGCGCUACCAUCACAAAGACGAGCUGAGACGGAACAAUUACAAUAUCGGUGUCAUCAAAGUAGUCAGUCGAAUGUCAUCUUCUUGUUCUCGAUGGUCACCGAUACCUUUGAUGUCACAUCAAUACACCACAGAUCAGGAUGGUACAAUGGCUUAUGCAGUUGGAUGGGGAUUAGACAGAUACGAUACAAGGCAUACACCUACGGUACUCCCGAAAUGGCCAUUGAUGAUGUACCAAGGAUUGAUUUAUUCGGAUUCUUGCCCUGGAAGUAAUACAUACAUAAAGUCAAAAAGAAAGCAUGGAAUAGAAGGAGUUAAGAACUUAUAUUGUUUAUCGUUGCCACCAUAUUUAGGGGAAGAAUAUGAUCCUGUACAUGGCAGUCUACUUUUGUUAGGAGGAAAGCUAAUAGCUUUAUAUUUACAGGAGGAGCGCCGACCCUGGGGCGAACAGUCAGCGAUAUACACCGCCAUCUGGAGUCUAUUACCAUGGAUCCUGGAUGUGGCUAGAGAACCAGAAGAUAUUGACGUAUUUACGGCAGGCAUUUAGUAUUCUUACCUUAUUAAUUAGGCACUUUUUAUACUACAUUAUUAUGAUAUUAGGUGUAUCAAUAGAUACAUACUUACUUAGGUAUGUAUAAAAAUUAUAGGUGAAUUAAAAAUACUAAAUUGUUAUUGUUAGAUAAAUUCUUGUCUUUUGUAAUAUCUAAUAUUUA